GCUUGCUCUCCCCUCCACCAGCCGCCCCCAUCGGGCUCAACUUGAUCAAAGUACAACCUUGCUCGUGGUUUCUAUCGUGUCUGUCCAGCUUGACUGCUUCAAAGUCCCGCGGUCCUCAAAUUAUCCCUCAGCAUGCGAGCCAUCCAAGUGAAGGAAUAUGUCAAGGGACCUCUGGAUCUCCAAGUCACUACGCUUCCCACGCCCUCGCCAUCUGCAACCGAGUACCUGAUUGAGAUCCACUCAGCAGGCACCAACUUCUUCGACCUACUGCAGAUCCAAGGCAAAUACCAGCAUCAGCCUCCCCUUCCCUGGAUCGGGGGCGUAGAGUUCGCUGGGACCAUCCUGGCCGUGCCAACAACAGCGCAGGCCUCAUUGCGAUAUAAAGUCGGGGAUCGAGUCUUCGGGGCUACGCAAGGCGCCUACGCCACCCACAUUCUAGCUCAAGAGCACACCCUCCUCCCGGUUCCAGCGGGCUGGAGCUUCGAAGAUGCAGCGGGUCUCUUUGUCACGGCUCCCACCUCAUACGGUGGUCUCGUGCACCGAGCGAACGUGCAGCCAGGCGAUUGGGUCCUCGUCCAUGCUGCAGCUGGUGGCGUCGGGCUGGCCGCCGUGCAAAUUGCCAAAGCUAAAGGAGCGACGGUGAUCGCGACCGCAGGUACCGAGCGGAAGCGGCAGAUCGCGCGCCAGUUCGGAGCCGAUCACGUCAUCGAUUAUCGGGAUAAGAGCUGGCCCGAAGAGGUGAAGCGGUUGUGUGCGCAAUAUCGGACCGGGAAUGGGAAAGCCGGUGUAGACAUUGUGUAUGACCCCGUGGGCAUGAUCGAGCCUAGUUUGAAAUGCGUGGCGUGGAAUGCACGAUUGUUGGUCAUUGGGUUUGCCGCGGGUAAGAUCGAGAAGGUGGCGCUGAACCGGGUGCUGCUGAAGAAUGUGAGUCUGGUUGGGUUGCACUGGGGCCAGUAUGCUCGAUUCGAAAAGGAAACCGAUCGGGCGGUCUGGAAGGGAAUCUUUGAUAUCGUGGCGCAGGGCAAGUUCAAGGGUACGGCCUUCAAGGAUGAGAGCUUCGUGGGUUUGGAGAGCGUGCCUCGCGCGUUGCAGGCGCUGGGCGGGCGGGAAACAUGGGGGAAGGUAGUUGUGAAGAUCAUUGACGAUGAUAUUGCAACGAGUAAACUAUAGGUGGGAAGGUGCUUCUUCCAGCUCGAUCAGGGUUACUGGACCAGCCAACAGGAGCUACGGUACAUUAUAUCGGGAAGUGCACACUGAGCAAUAAUCAAUCAAUUCAGAGCUAAAUAACAUAGCGAACGAUCCGGCACAGACAGGCGAUACUACCCAUGUCUCCGUCGAUAUCUAGUAUGUAGGUGC